AUGGACUGGAUUCUUAAGAACAACCUGCCGCUGUCAUUCUGCGAGAACCGUGCGGCUAGGAGAUACACAAAUCUCGAUCCAAUUUGUGCGGAGACAUUAGUUAGUGCAAUGGACAGCCUCACUAGAAUUGUGGAGCGCGCGAUCGCGGCUGAGCUGCUUGAGCGCUUUGAAUUCCUCUUCGACGGCUGGACGCACGCCUCCCAGCACUUCAUCGCAGUGUUCGCCUGCUACGACGCCGGCGGCGUCAGGAAGACGCCGCUCCUCAGCAUGGCUCCUCUGCUUGACGCCCUCGACGACGACCUCUCUGCUCGAGACCACAUGGAGUUCCUGGCGAACAUGCUGCCACGAGACUAUGGCAAACAGCUCUCUCAAUGUCUGUUCCUAGUGGCUGACAAUUGCGCUGUCAACAGACUUCUAGCUACGCUAAUGGGGGUGCCUCUUGUGGGCUGUGCUAGUCACAGGCUCAAUUUGGCUGUUCAAGCGGAUAUGGAGGAAAGUAAGACAGACUUGGACGUGGUUCACUCUUUGAUGCUAAAUGUUGCACGCACAACAUUCGGUCAAGAGCGUCACAGCCUUCAGUCUAUCGCGCUGGAAAUGAUCCUGUUCCUGCGUCAGAAUGCUGGCUACUGGAACGCGCAAACCGUUGACGACGCUACCCAAUAG